GCCAGCCAGCGGAUAGGUGUGUCCGUGCGCGUCGUAAUCAAAUCCCAACAUAAAUGUCAAAUCAUACGAUUUCGUAAAAAAAAAUGUGACAUGUGCAUCAUUGUGACGUAAACAUUCACCGUUACAUUCAAUUUUCAGUGAACGAUUGUGAAAUUCUACUAUAUUUACCAUAUUUUACUUUCAAAUUUUGUGUGGCGAUAUUUAUAGUCCCGGUUCCGUUCGUGAUCUUGUUUUCGCUAAACAUUUCAGGUGACUCGGGACCGGGACCUGUUAUUUGUCGAUGACAAUGUUAUUUUUUACGAACGAAACGAAUCGGUUUAGAAUGUGAUGAGUGGCCGGUGGGAAUUAAGUUAGUGGGAAAGAUGCCGGUGUGAUCCACGAUGGACCGCGUGAGUGGAGUGUGCAGGUUCGGAGGAGUGGUGUCGGCAGUCCGCACGAGGACAGGACGCAGCCGACGGCGAGUAACGGGGCAGGGACAGGCCCCCGAAGACAUGCCGGAAGCCCCACGCCGUGGCCUUGGAGCCAUCCUCGUACUAGCAUGCAUCCUCGUUUACCACAAUUGCCUAUACUGCGGCUUCGUCUUCGACGAUAUAAGUGCCAUAAAAGAAAACAGAGACUUGAGACCUCAAACGCCCAUUUCGAACAUUUUUCUCAACGACUUUUGGGGAACUCCUAUACACAAGGAACAGUCCCACAAGUCGUACCGGCCGCUAACAGUGCUGACGUUUCGAUGGAACUACGCGGUGCACGGCCUGCAACCAGCUGGAUACCACCUCGUCAACCUGCUACUACACGCGCUCGUUUCAUUACUCUACUACAGGGUGUGCGCGAUGUUCCUUCCCGAGUUCGCAAGUUUCGUCGCAGCCAUCUUGUUCGCUGUACAUCCUAUACACACCGAAGCGGUGACUGGUGUGGUGGGCAGAGCAGAGAUGCUCUCGUCAGUCUUCUUCCUCGGAGCGCUCCUGUGCUAUGCCCGCGCCGCCAGCAGAAGACGAUGUACAGACUGGAGAUACGUGGCGGCUUGCACGGCGUGUGUGGGCGUCGCCAUGCUCUGCAAGGAGCAGGGCAUCACCGUCACCGGCGUCUGCGUCGUCUAUGAACUCUUCGUCGCUCAGAAGCGCCGGAGUACAGGCGGAGGCAGCCGGUGGUCAUGGCUGGAGGCGUGGGGUAAGGGCGCGGGUUGGGGAUGCGCGUGCGGCGAGGCGGCGAGAAGAGUGGCCACAGUCUGUUGUGCUACUCUAGCGCUGUUGGCUGCGAGGUUGCAUGUGAUGGGCGCGCAGCUGCCGGUGUUCACGCGGUUCGAUAACCCCGCCGGCGCCGCGCCACCGCCGGCCAGGCAUCUAACCUUCGCGUACCUACCAGCCCUGAACGCGUGGUUGCUGACCCUGCCUGAGGCAUUAUGUUGUGACUGGACUAUGGGCACGGUUGCCCUGCUCCGGUCGUGGCGCGACACUCGCAACUUGGCCACCUUAGCCUUGGCUACUAUCCUCAUCGCUGCUGCUUUCCACGCCUUGAGGACGAGGUCUUCUGCUCUUUCUAUGGGUCUUGCGCUACUGGUCCUGCCAUUCCUCCCAGCGUCGAACCUCUUCUUCCCUGUAGGCUUCGUGGUGGCUGAGAGGGUUCUCUACAUGCCUUCAAUGGGCUGGUGCCUGCUGGUAGCUCACGGAUGGCGCCUCUUAGCCAAGAGGAGGGCCAAGCUUGCAGCCGCCGCUUUGAUAUUCCUCCUUCUGGCCUUUAGUGCGAAGACUUACGUCAGAAACUGGGAUUGGAAGACUGAAUACUCAAUUUUUGCUUCGGGACUUAAGGUCAACCGAAAUAAUGCAAAGUUGUACAACAACGUAGGACACGCUUUAGAAGCCGACGGAAAGUACGUUGAGGCCUUAGAAUUCUUCAACACCGCAGUCAGUGUCCAACCAGAUGACGUCGGUGCUCACAUCAACGUCGGCAGAACGUACAACCACCUCGGAAGAUACCAAGAAGCCGAAGACGCUUAUGUCAAGGCCAAAUCUUUACUCCCAAAAGCAAAACCAGGAGAGUCCUACCAAGCUAGGAUAGCUCCUAACCACUUAAACGUAUUCUUGAAUCUAGCUAAUCUUAUAUCCAAGAACGCCACCAGGCUAGAGGAAGCAGAUAUGCUUUAUAGACAAGCUAUUAGCAUGAGAGCUGAUUAUACACAAGCGUAUAUAAAUAGAGGAGACAUUCUAAUAAAAUUGAAUAGGACGAAAGAAGCGCAAGAAGUGUAUGAAAGAGCACUUCUUUAUGAUAGCGGUAACCCUGAUAUUUAUUACAAUUUGGGAGUUGUGCUACUGGAACAAGGCAAGGCAUCUCAAGCGCUUGCAUACUUAGACAAAGCCCUGGAGCUGGAGCCUGACCACGAGCAGGCUUUGCUGAACUCCGCAAUAUUACUGCAGGAGUUGGGCGCUGCCGACCUUCGACACCUGGCCAGACAGCGCCUCCUAAAAUUACUUGACAAAGACGCAACAAACGAACGAGUACACUUCAACCUUGGUAUGGUAUGCAUGGACGAGGGAGACGCGGAGUGCGCCGAGCGCUGGUUCCGCGCCGCCGUCCAUCUCAAGCCUGACUUCCGAUCUGCACUCUUCAAUCUGGCGCUACUCCUCGCUGACCGGAGGAGGCCAUUAGAAGCUGCCCCAUUCUUAAAGCAGCUGGUACGACACCAUCCAGACCACGUUAAAGCACUCGUCUUGUUAGGAGAUAUCUACAUCAAUUCCGUCAAGGAUUUGGAUGCAGCUGAAAGCUGCUAUCGCCGAAUCUUAGAGCUGGAACCAGACAACGUGCAAGCGCUGCACAACCUGUGCGUGGUAGCAGUAGAGCGCGGCAAGCUCGCCAUCGCUGAAGAGUGCCUGACGCGUGCCGCUGCUCUCGCUCCCACCGAACAGUAUAUCCAGCGCCAUCUUGCCGUGGUGCGAGCGAGAAGAGUAGCCGCCGCCACGCCCGCCGCCGCUGCCGCAACCCCACAACCUGCAGCCACCACUGCCACCGCCACCACCGAGGUGCGAGCGAGAUGGAACUACAUUCCGCAACAGCCUCCCGACCCUCACGAGACGGACGCCUCAUAGCAAACCACUUAAACCCGACACACGACUAUGUAAAUACCAUGUUUAGAAAAUUUUCAAACACCAAGCGUCUAACGGCCAGUACUACCCAAAGCUCUUUUUCAUUUGAUAUAACAAUCAGGGUAACUAUCGUAUUUUCCUAAUACCGACCGCUAUCCGCUGAAAGUCUACGUUUUUAGUAAGUACGUUUCAAAUCGCAUAAGAUAAUAAUAAUCGAGUUAUUACUUAUUAGUCAUUUUACGCCGAGCAUUUAUAUUAGUAUUUUUGAUCUCAUAGGUCUAAUUUGCGUGCGCCGUUUCGUGAUAUUAGUUAUUUAAAAACAUUGAAAUUAUUACGUAGAAAAUGGAACGAGCUUUCGUCAUUAGCCUGGUAUACGUGUAUAUAAUUAAACUGAAACAAUAAAAUAGAAGAGACUUACUGUUUCCAAUAAUCUUUGUCUAGUCACAAAUUAUUUGGAUUAAAUUACUUAUCAAAAUUUAUUUACGAUUAGGUAGAAACUAAAAAUGCAUUGUUAAUGGAUGUUGAGCCGACCCGUGCUUUGAUAGACGUUGGGGAUUAUACCUACGUAGCAUAAUACUUAGUAAAAUCCUGCAGCACCAUCCCAAACUACCGCAGUAUCUAGUUGUACAUUACCUUCACCAAUACUAUGGAGUGAAACAGCAAAGGUGAGAUAGAUGAGGAUACGGAAAACAAUAUAAGUAAGUAGGUAAUGUUAACAUUUUCUGUAAAUUGCAGUAGUUUCCACGUCUCGAUGAAACUAUAUAAAUAUAUUUAAAUAUUACUGGCAAAUACCCGCUUUUGUCAUGAUCCAGGUGUUAGUCGCUAUGAUACCACAGUGAUAUGUGAAGCACGCUGAAAGGUAUAAUAACAGUAGGACCAAGAUUUUUUCUCUACGACUUAUGAAUGCAGCCAUUAUGGUUUAUAAGGUCCAUUAUGUAACCAAAGAGAAUGUAGGUAAUCACUGUUGUUACAUCAAACAGAUCUGUGUCAGACAUCACUGUGGCAACUUGGUAACAACUACCAUCCAAGACGGCAUAAAGCAACACGGGCCUCCGACGAAGACCGGAGAACGAUCCGUUCAGGGAAAUAGAGAAAGGAACGAGUUAAUGAGUCGACGACCUCAAAACGUUAUUUUCGUAAACGCUAAUGUUAAUAUUGUGUAAAAAAUUAAAUGAAAGUGAUCGACCGUUAUUAGAUUUAGAUGUGAAAAUGUAAUGUUGUUAAUGUUUUAAGAUAAAAAAGUAACUUUUGUAAAAACUGAAUUUUUUACAAUGUCUUGAAACAUUUCUGGCGAGACUCUAACGGGAGUUGGUGAAUUGUAAGGACCCCGAAUAUUGUAACUAUUUGUCGUCAAAACGUUUAUUUUUAUAAAAUAAAAUGAUGUUUCAAAUGGC